CCCUACAGCUACCGACUGUGAGACAUUGCCCCCUUUCUUUUACAGUUUCGACAUUUCUUUCUGAUAAUCUAUAUGCUUCGUGUUCAUUUUUAAAUUUAGAUUAUAACUUUGAUGAGAGCGCUUUCUCAACACAGUUGCUGAAACUAAAUUCUUUCGUACGCAAAUGUUUAAUCUGAAGGUUGGUCCAGAAAGGAAUUUUUAAAUGUUGGCUUGCGAUGCCACGGAAAGCCCGGAGUCAGAGGUUUCAUAGACCCAAAAGACGCAUGACGCAUGCUCCAAAAGAGGUGCCAGAAACGGAUGAAGACAUCAAUGAACCACUGCAGCAGUCCCUACCGGAACAACCAUCUCCGGGUCUCGUCAACCCUGUGGAAGAGUCUUCCAGUGUCUUCACUCUUGACGCCUCUUCAGGACCUGCACCUUCUUACAUUGAAGUUCCUUGCCCCAGUGCAGCAUCAUUGUCUGCAGCACUGCGCAAGCUUUCCAGUCUGCUGCCAUCAGACUGGAUAGCUACAGCAGAUAAAAAGGGUUUUUAUGUUAUGCUCCUAAGCUCUGGUGGUAUAAAAGUAAUUUUAAGGCAGGUCUUUGUCUCAUUUUUGGGUAAUGCUUCCGUUCAUGUGCAAUGUUACCCCUGUCCCCUUUUUGAUGAAGUGUUCAGUUUAUUGCAUUCACCCAAGGUUUUUUCCUUAAAUUCAUUAGAUGAAUUUUGUCAGAGUGUGUUGGCUUUGGUAGAGAUUGUUAUUCAGUACACAAAUUGUGUCGGUCUUAAUUAUCUAGAUGUCCAGAAGGUCAGAGAUAAUCACCCAGAAGUACGCAUUGAUUCGUACCCAUUUGUAGAAGAGGGUUGUAGAGACACAUGCAGAUCAACUUCUUGUGCUCUGCUUGUACCUCGAGAAACUGAUGAUGUAAGGUGUGAGGCUUGUUUAAAUCUGUUAAAAUGGGUUCAAGAUAGGGUAACUGAGGAACUGUAACAAAAAUAAGAAAAACUUUUGUGUGUGAAAAAAGGCAUUAUUUUGGAAAGUAAGCAGCUAAUCAUCACAUAUUAUUAGUGUAAUUGAAAUAAAAUAAUAUGAAAAGAUCAGUAAAAAGAUGAUUGAUUGGCUCAUUGAAACCUUUUAUUUUCUUGAAGACUACUUACUGAGUUGAAGUUCAUAAAACCUUACCUUUUUAAAAUGUAAAGUGCUGAAUUAGAUUUAUGUCUCACACGCCUUACCUCACAGCCAUAUUUCCUAACAAUCCAUAUACUGUAAAUUUUGAAAGUGACAUUCCAGCAGCGACUAUCAGCAUUUUUUUUUGUAAGCCACAACAAAGUUCUAAUCACGAUAA